AUUCCAACAAGAACCCCUGAAUCUAAGCCGAUAAAAAGUCAAAAUUCAUGCAAAUUAUCUUCUUAUUUAAACCCUCCUUUCUCAAGUGUCACAAAUUGCCAUCCAUUCUCAAAAGGUCACCUUCCAUUCCCACCAUUUCCUGAUACUCCCAAGGCCCCAAAGAGAAGCAAAAGAGGGGGUAUCAGGAAAUUGAAAAAUGGCACUUGGUCCCAAAAUGUUCUCUCUCAUUGUGGCCAUUCUUGGUGUUUUGUCCUUCAUAUUAGGAAUAUAUGCUGAACUCAAGAAACCUGCUGCUGGAGAAAAGAUCGCUGGCAAAGGUGUAGUGAUUUGCAAGUACCAUUCUUAUACAACAUUAGUUUGUGGAUAUCUGUCUACUGUAUUUCUGGUGGCAGCCACUGGAGUUGGGUAUUUCUCUGUGUUUUAUCCAUACAAAGGCAGAUCUAUUCCACAAUCUGUACUGUUUCACAAUGGCACCUUCAUGACAUCCUUCAAUAUUUCAGUUUUUACAGCUGGACUCGCAGCAGCAUUGCUAUUAUGGACAACAAUCACAGAGCACAUUCAUCUCAUUCACAACGUUCACGAAAACCUUAAGGAAGAUUGCCCCAUCUCUAAGAAGGGCGUCCUUGGUGGCGCUGCCUUCGUGUCUCUGGACGCGUCCCUCUUCUGGUUGGUAUCCCUAAUGGUGGGGUGCAACACCCGGGAGGACUACUUCGAAGAAACUGAGAUGGAGGACAAGAGUCAGGUUGUCUCAAUUGGUUAA